GUCAGUGAGGGAAGCACCCAUGGCAUUGAAUUACCAACAGUUGGGCGACCGGCCGCAAGACCUGCAGCAACUACAGCAAGCCCAAGCGAGACGCUCGCCCAGAAUGGCUGCUGCAUUGCUUCAGCAGAGGAGAAGCGCCGCAAUGGGACAGCCUACGGGAACGCCGACGAUGGGAAUGAACAACUUUGAUGCUGGGGCGGGAUUUGAAUGGAAUCCGCAACUGCAGUUCGACCCAGGGAGAGAACAACAAAUACAGCAGCAAAGAUUGGCACACUAUCAACUCCAGCAGCAUUUCUUACAGCAGCAGCAAAUGCAGCAGCUUCAGAAGCAGCAGAUGGCACUUCAACAGCAGCAGGCAGCAGCGGCAGUCGCACAACAGCAACAACAACAGCAGCAGCAAAUGCAGUUUAACAACAUGCAGCGUCCGUCGCCCAUUAUGGGUCACUACCCAGCUAGACCGUCUACGAGUGAUGGUUUAGGGCAAUUCAAUGACCCGAUGAAUGGCAUGGGCACGGUGAAUAAUAUGAGCAUGAAUAACAUUAACGCGUCAGAGGCGUUAAAUUUACAAUUAAAUGGUAGUCAACACGCGUCUCCGGCACAUCCCCCACGCGCUAUUCCAACCCCUCAACCGAUUUCUACACCUCAGCCAAUGCCUACACCCCCACAGGGGGUUAGCACACCACAUCCACGCCCCUCUUCGCAGCCGCAUCCUCAUAUGCACCCUUACGCGGCUCAGCUUCAAUCUGCACAAAUGGCUCAGGUAGCUCAGCAGCAACAUUCUCAAGCCCAGCAACAGCGAAUACGACCACCAAUGGGAAACAUGCCUGGUAUGUCAAACCCAGAAAGUAUGGCACAUUUAGCAAGAGUACCUAGUCAUACAGCGGCUGCUGCAGCAGCAGCUGCAGCUGCACCUCGUGCACACGCAGGCACAUUACGAUUAUUACAAUACAUAGAACAUUUCAGGCGACACAUUAAUGUUUCCCACGGAGGGAACAAUCAGCAAAAAUCACUUGGAGAACAACUGAGCGCUACACAAUGGCAUAGCUUUGUACAAGAAUUCUUUAUGCCUUCAGCUAUGCUUAGGUUAAAUUUCAGGAAGCUCGAUGGCGGUAAUUUUGAUCCUAAUCAACAAGAUAUGAGGCAAAUACGACAUUUCGAUUUACCAUUUACAACAUUACCUAGAUAUCACGCGGCAUGGUCGCAAAGUGAAGUUGCGGGUAUAACUAUGUCCACACCUGGCGCUCAUGAGAGCGUUUAUCACACAUCAGGCCCAACAGCGCAAGGUUUGAGGGGACCAAACGGAGAAAUGCUACCAUCUUCAAUGACAACGAUAGCUACACAUCUCGUGCAAGCACCUAGAGCUAUGAUUUUAUAUACAUUCUCAAAUGGCACUGCUAUAAGAAUGGUCGGACAUUUAAGGGCUGCCCUGACAGCAUCUUUACCACCGCAAAACACAGGUGGACAACAGGCGCUCAAAUUUGAAACAUUAGAAUUUGAUGUUGAAAGCUGUGUCGAAUCAAUUGAUAGGUCGGCAAUACAGUACAGAAAUGGUGAAGAUAUACCAAAGUUACCAGAAUGCGUCGUGAACGAGUAUGGGCUACCUGUGAGCGUAAUGAAAUGCUUGGAAAUCGUUGAGUCAGUCGUACAAAUGCAAGACGUUAUGAAUUAUAGCCUCCGCAAUAACUGUGGACCUGUUGAAGCUUUGAAAGAAAUAAACAAAAUAAAAGAUACCAGUCUAAAGAAAAGAAAGCUAGAACAAGGUUUUGAUAGUCCAAUUUAAUUUUGUAGUAUCCUUUAUCUAAAUUAAUGUUGUACACUCUAUAUGCUCCUGAAUUAAGACCAUCAUGGCCACAGAGCUGAAUCAAGAGAUAGACUACGUACCACCACCGUAUUAUAAUGAGCAGAACUAUCAGAACACAUACGAAUACGACCCGAACGAUCUGAAUAUGAGCCAUUUAAGUGUUAAUGAUAAUCUACAACGCACACAGUCACCCGGACUAAACACUUACGCAAAUCAAGACGCAGCUUCCAUGUACUCACAGAGCUCAGAUCCACGUUUAUCUGCAGGACCGUUCCCACCGUCAUUCAAUCCAAUGUACGUUGCACGUCCACCCGAGCAAGAGCUAGCAGACGAUGGCAGAUCAAUAAGGAGUUUUGAUACUGCAUCUCUAGCCCCAAAUCAAUUUCCUAAUCCAACGGUGAUGCCAAACUUUUACCCCGGUCAUCCACAAAUGAUGGGAUACGGGGGAUAUCCACCAUUUUAUUCAACGCCUGAUAAUGUCUAUACCAGCCAUCCUCAAAUGUACUCUAUACCACCUGGAUAUAACAUGCCACCACCACCACCACCACCACUCCAAGCUGCCCAGAAUAGGUCAAAAACUUCUUUACAUAGUUUGAGAACUCCAACUUUGCCAACUAGACAACCACCUAAAGCUCAAGUUAAGAAUGAAAUGCCUUAUAAUAGAGCUUUCGUCGAUGAUUAUAGGACUAGAGUAAAGGGAGAUCCAGAUCCAGAAGCUCAAUUCGCAUAUGCUAGGUAUUUAAUUACAGCAGCUAAAAAGAUUUUUACAGAUGAAUCACCAACUAAUCCAAAAUCAGCUCAUAAGUAUAGAGAUGCACUUUUAACUGAAUCAAUUAAAGUUAUUAAAAAGUUAGCAAUGCAAGCUAAACCUGGUUAUUGUGAAGCUCAAUUCUUUCUCGCUAAUUGCUUGGGUAGUGGUGCAUUAGGUUUACAAACUGAUCAACAAAAGGCUUAUGAUCUUUAUUUAACUGCAGCUAAAAGAAAUCAUGGUCCAUCAACUUAUAGAGCAGCAGUUUGUAAUGAAUUAGGAGUUGGUACAAAGAAAGAUAUUGCAAGAAGUUGUGAAUUAUACAGAAAGGCUGCAACUUUGGGUGAAACGGCUGCAAUGUACAAAAUUGGUGUGAUAUUAUUGAAUGGACUUUUAGGUGUCAAUAGAAAUGCAAAAGACGCUAUCAUCUGGUUUAAUAGAGCUGCUCAACAAGCUGAUGAAGAUAAUCCACAUGCAUUGCAUGAAUUAGCAUUAUUAUAUGAGCAUCCUGUUGCAGGCGCUCUCACACAAGAUGACAAAGUAGCCUAUGAAUUGUUUAGUCAAGCUGCACAUUAUGGUUAUGCGCCUUCACAAUUUAAACUAGGUACAGCCUAUGAAUAUGGUAACUUAACUUGUCCAGUUGAUCCAAGAAGAUCAAUCGCCUGGUAUACAAGGGCAGCAGAGAAAGGUCACGCAGAGGCUGAAUUAGCGUUAUCUGGAUGGUAUUUGACUGGAUCUGAAGGUGUUUUAAAACAAUCAGAUUCCGAGGCUUUCCUUUGGGCAAGAAGAGCAGCAAAUCAAGGCCAAGCUAAUGCUGAAUACGCAGUUGGUUAUUAUAGUGAAGUUGGUAUUGGUGUGAAGCAAGAUUUAGAAUUAGCCAAAAAGUGGUAUACAAGGGCAGCACAAAAAGGUAAUCAAAGAGCUUCACAGAGGUUAAUAGAGUUAAAGAGGCUUGGAAAUCAACGUAAGAAUGGUGGUAGACCAACUCGACAGCAAGCUAGAGAUGAAGGAUGCAUAAUAUCGUAGACAAACAAUAAGAUUUAAUCAUUUAAUCGUUCACAUUCACUUACUCAAUCGCAAUACAAGUACAUCAUUAAUUUACAAUAUCAAGACCAACAUCAUUAAUAUUAUUAAUUAGUCAUUCGUUAUUUUUACUUUUGGAUAUAUCAUAGAACGUUUGUACAACUGAAAUCAAUAAUAAUCUUACAAAUUAAACUUUUUCGGCAGCCCAUACACCAAAUUUACAUGCAGAACCUAUCACUGCGCUUAGUAAAGCGUGUGCUGGUGCUUGUUGAGCGCCGUGAUCGACAGCUGUAUCAAGGUGCUCUAAUUCAUCGUCUCUAAAUUGUUCACAUGUUUCUCUCAAUUUUACUAAAUCUGGGUGGAGAUGUUCAAACUUUUUUAAUUGUGUUAUUUGAUCAUCAUAAUGUUCACCGAUUACAGUUUCAACAGCUUCUGUGCAUGCCAUAGCGGAUUGUUUACCCAGUGCUGUUGUAGAUGCACCCAUAAACCAACCUGCUGCUAUCCAAACGGGUGAUAAAACCGUCGGCCGGACUCUAAAGUCGUCAAUGAGUUUAUUGAAAGUACUCAGAUGAUGCUUCUCUUGAUCCCACAUAUGUUGUACUAAUUCAAUUUCAUCCGAUCGACCUGGACCUGCUUUCUUUGUAGCGUACAUUUGUCCAGCGUAGAUACAAUUGGCGCCAAGUUCACCAGCGUGAUCAACUCUAAUAAGUUUAUCUAUAAUAUCCUUUUGUUCAGUUGUUAUAUUGAUAUUUUUGAAUUUGUUAAGAUUUCUUAAGCUGCUUCUUA